AUGGCAAGGGCAAAUCUCCAACAUCUCCAAACAUCUCUUUUGCUUCCCGCCGCUUGCUCCCAUCCAUCCCAUCCAUCACUUUGGGAGAGUUCAUCGAACCCGACCCGAACGAACCCGGUCCUGGCUGCGAAACACGAGGCACAGAUAACUACAUGCCCCUACUCAGUACCUACCCACCCAUGCAAUGCCAGCGCGGUGCAGACCGCAGUGAACCCGACUCCUUGGCCGAUCUGGUACACGUUACCCACGCGAUGUCUCUCUCCAAGGACUCUUCAAAUUCUUGAACUCACCGUCCUCGUUCCCUGUCCCCCGUCAUUCGAACGAGUGACGAACAUGGACUGUUCUCGACCCUGCCCAUCACUUUUUGCGUGUUAA